CAAGGCUCUUCCUGGCAAGAUGAAUCCUACUGGCUUCUUCCUCCUUACAUUGCUCCUGGUUCUGGUGACAGAAACAGCUUCAAGGAAAACCCGUGAAAAAUUCUCACAAGCCUCUGACGACAACAUUGAUCUAAAGGCACUGGGGGGCAGCGGAGGAUCCAGUUCUUCCCAUGAAGAAUACAGCAGCAGUGAGGGCUCAUGGAGCUCCUUUAAGUCAAGAAGUCUCGAACCCACCACCUUCGAUCUUGAAGCUUAUGAUGAGAGGAAGCAUAAACACACUGCUGACAACGGCAAUCUUGGUUACAAGACCAGAGGAUCUCAAAGAGAAGACAUGAGCUCUUUCAAAAGCAGAAUGAAAACCCGGAUUGCUGGUAAAUAAUGUGUCCACUGGCAGCUGAAGACCUGAACCAAUAUGAAGGUGCCACCAAACUGAGAGAAGCUUGUGUUGUCUUCAGCAUUCAGACUCCCACGGGGUCCCAGAAACAGCCAUGGAUUUCACUUCCUUCUCACGCUUGUUUUGUUUUGUUUUGUUUUGUUUCCUUAAGAUUCCUAAAU